AUGUCGAUUGCAGCCGUGGCUUCGGCCUGGCUUGUUGGUGCUCAAAGUUCGGUGGAUAAUGAUUCGUAUCAUCCCCAUGCAGCGUUUGCCUUUGUACGGACUGGAGAGCGAACACCCAUCCUUCGCAACAAUACUCAGAGACUCACUGCAUUGGGUGCCAAUCAAAUGUACACACUGGGACAAAACUUCAGAACAAGAUACGUUGCUGGCGAUAAACCCAGUGCGUUUGGUGUACAACACAUCACGGGACUGUCGACCGAUAUUCUCAAUAACGAUCAAAUCUGGGUUCAGACGCGGGACGUCCCCUACCUCGUAUCUUCCGCCCAGGCAUUCAUGCAAGGAUUGUAUCCUCCUCAUGGCAUCGCCAAUGGCACAGGAGAUGUGACCGGCAUUCUCGCGGAUGGUACAUCAGUUGACUACCCUCUGAACGGCUAUCAGUAUGCCACUAUUCGAGCUGCUAGCCCAGAAGACCCAAAUUCCAUAUACAUCAGCGGGGAUCAAAAUUGCCCAAUGGCGCAGCAAGCCGCCUUGACGUAUUUCACCACCGACGAGUUUGAGCAGACAAGAAUAGCAAACAAGGAAUUGUACAAGAGCUUGAAGCUGGACUGGUUUGAGGGUAACAUGAAACCAUUUAACCUAGAAUACAUCAACGCCCUUGAGAUAGCCGAUUACAUAUCCUACCAAUAUACACACAACUCUAGUAUCCACGACAUAUUCACAAACGACACCGACUACACGGGCGCCUACGACAAACUUCGCUACCUAGCCGAUGAAGAGGCAUGGCACCUCUACGGCAACACAUCUGCUUAUCCCACAGACGCCGGCAACCAAGCCAUCGGCGGUAAAACGCUCGCAGCCUCAAUCCUAGAUACCUUUUCACUACGUAUCGCCAAUCCCGACAACGUCCUCGACAGCGCGCCACCAUCAUACCCGCUUACCUUUUACUUUGGCGAGCAAGACGCUAUGAUGAGCCUAACGACUCUUAUGAGUCUCGACUCCAAAACCCCCUACUUCAAAUCCAUACCGCCUUACGCCUCAGCUAUGGUCUUUGAGCUCUUCAGCAGAGGUAGCAGCGCCGUGUUUCCCAGCGACACCUCUGACCUCUGGGUGCGGUUCUCGUUCCACAACGGUACGGAUGAUGAUACCCAGCAGUUGAUCCAAUACCCCAUGUUCAACGACGGGCCGUCGACGGCAGACAUGCCAUGGUCCGAGUUUGAGAAUAUGAUGGGUGUUGUUGCGAUGAAGAGUAUUGCAGAUUGGUGCACUUCAUGUAGUAGUCCUAGUAUCUUCUGCAGUGGUGUACAGGGAACCGAUAUUACUGUCAUAGUCCCGUCAGCACAAAAGAAGGGGGGAAAGGACAGUGUUUCGCCUGUUGUGGGGGGCGUCAUUGGCGCUAUCGUCGCACUCGUCGUUGCGGGCUUGCUUUUCGCUCUCGCUAUGCUACUUGGUGGUAUCCGUUUCCACCGCGUCCAUCGCCCUGAUCAUACGAACAAGAAGGCAUCUCUCGGUGGCUUCAAGGGCUCGACAAAAUUGGCGUCGGAUCCGGAUCUCCGUCUUGCUGGGAAUGGGGCGCCACCGGCUAAAGGUAUAGUGGGGGCGAAGAAGGGACAUGAGCGUGUGGGGAGUUGGGAGUUGGCACAGAAGGAGUUUGGCAAGGAUGUGGGUGAUGCUAGUCCAAGGAGUAGCUUUGAUGGUAUUGAUGCUGUUGCCGCUGGUAGGCUUGUUUAGGCGCAUGAGCGCGUUUGAUGCGAGGAUGAAGUCACGCUGGUGUUUGUGAGAUGUAAUGACCAUGACGAUGGAGGAAGUGCAAGGAUUUUAAAGUCAUUCGAUACCCGGCUCUUUGGGCCAUUGUUUUGGACACGGCAUACGGCUGGGACAUGAACCUAUAUAGUUUAACACUGAAAUGAAGAAUACAUGAG